AUGGAGUUCUUCGAUGAGAAGUUAAAGUCGUUGUGCAUGCAAUGGCUUGAAGACCAGGUGUACUCAAUUCGUGAAGCAGCUGCGACAAACCUGAAGCGUUUAGCAGAAGAGUUCGGUGCUGAAUGGGCCCAAUCUCAAAUCCUGCCAAUGAUCAUGGAUAAAGUGAACAACUCUAACUACCUGUAUCGAAUGACAGUCCUGCUUUCUCUCUCCAUGUUGGCCCCAGUGCUUGGUGCUGAAGCAACUUGCAAUACAAUGCUUCCUGUUAUCCUGAAUGCCGUCAAGGACGGUGUACCGAACAUCCGCUUUAACGUUGCCAAGAUGCUUCAGUCUUUCAUACCAAUUGUUGAGCCAUCUGUUGUUGAACAAACCAUCCGACCUUGUCUAUUGGAGCUCAAUGAGGAUCCUGAUCCAGAUGUUCGUUACUUCGCUAACCAAGCUCUUCAGGCAUGUGAUCAAGUUAUGGUCUUACCUGACACUUUCGUUCUUGACAACCGCGGGUUGCGCACUCGAAGUAUGGCGCUCUUUUGUCAUUUCGCCGUUUUCUGUAUAUUUCAACUCCAACUUGAUUUUCAAGAAGUUCCAGCUAUGGCGGCUAUUCACGAAUUUCUUCUUCUUUGGGAGUAUCGGCAUCGAUUUCGUUUUCCACAUGUUCUUCCUCUGCCGAUAUUGUAA